AUAAAUUUACUUUGGUCUGCAUCAAAUUUUAGCAGAAGUGGAGCAAAAACAAUCUUUACGCGCCCUAAAAAUAAAUUUUUUGUUUUUUUUUUUUUUGCUACAGCAUAGUGGAAAAUUAUUAAAAAAAUAUAUAAAGUUAGUUAUAAUAUAGUUUUAGUUAAUAAACAAAGAAUGGCAACAAAAGAAAGCACAGCACAAAAUUGGAAAAGACCAGAUGAGCUCAUACGUUUGCAGAGGCUAAAGCAACGCAAGAAACAAUUGGCAGCACGUUUUAAUUCUAAUAAUAAUAAUAACAACAAUAAUAAUAAUAAUGUAAGGGAUGUGGUCACAGAAACAGAUAAGGCCACCUUAUUGGAGGCAAAAAUGGCACAAAAACGUAAAAAUCCUUUUGCCAAAGCUGCAGAUAAUUCCAAGAAGCCCAAAACAGAAAUCAAAGAGGAAAAUGACGAUUCCUUAAUGGGUUUCAUUAGUUCUCCUGCCUUGCCAGUACGUGAAGCUUUUGUUAAGGAAACUCCUACCCGUCCUAAACCCGCCAAACUAGUACUACAACCUUUUGAUCCUAAGGCCUUCUCCAAACUUCUGCAACAGACUUCUAAUGCUGUAAUAGCUGGAGCGGAGGACGACGAGGUGGUUGAAGAACAGAAUAUAACAAAACAUUUGCCCAUGGAUUGGUGCCUGAAGACAAGAGUAAGAUUUUUUUGUCGUUCUGAGCUACCAGCCACCCAACUAAAGACCAGUCAAAUGGCCAGUGGACUUACUAGUUUUGUGCGUUGUAUAGACACACAAACAGAGGGCUGCGGUUUGGACAUUUCACCCGCAACCAGAUUCAAUCAGGCAACUUACUAUUGGCAGCAUCCUCACAUACCCUGGAUGACUUUGUUCCCACGCAAUUCACGCGACAAUACCGGCAUUACCCUAGGAGAAAGAGAACGCAAAUCUUUGGCAGAAGACUGGGAUUAUAGUUUUAGAGGUCUAUUCCAACUUUUAAGAGCCCGACAGUGUGCCUAUUUCUAUUUGUGUGCCAAUACAUUUACUGUGUUAUUUCGGGCAGCUGGCACGGGUGGCAGAGCAGAAAUACAUGCUCUCAUGUCGCCCACUACAAGAGGUAUGCGCCAGGCUUUAAGGCAAGAAGGUAUAGAAUAUACCAUGCCUCUUAAAAAGGAUGGCGGGUCAGGUCUAAACAAGUCGGUAGAUGGAGAAGACAGUAAUAGUAAUAACACUUUGCAGAAUGGUGAGACCAUCAAACUGGAAGAUAAUGAGGCGGAAAAUGAAGGCCAGGAAAAGAAUGAGGACGAUGAAGACGAAGAUGAUGAUUGGCUGGAAAGUUUAGAAGUGGAUGCUAAGGAGAUACGUAAAAUCCAAACAGCCCAUCAGCGUAAAAUUAAGGCUCAAGAAAUGUCUGAAGAUUUCAGUGACAAUUCUUUAGUCCUUAUUGAAGGUGUGGAGUGUCAGGGUUUCUUUAGCUUCUUGCUGAAUGCCAAAAGUACCAUAAGCACAGUCGGUCGUUUGGCUGGGGUACCACCCACACUAUUGGCACCGGUAGCUUUCCCCAAGGCUACCAUGCAGCAUUUGAAUACCCGCUCUAGCAAAGUGCGCAUGGAUGGUAUAGACUAUUUUAGCAUAGAGGUGAAGGGGAUAAUAAUGCCUUCAUUUCUUCCGUACGUCUGUCAACUACUAGGCGAAACAAAGGACACCUUUAGUGCCACUUUGGCCUCCACUACAAAUACGCUGGCCUUUAGCAAGGCCACACAAAAACUUCUGGAAGAUUCUGCUGGCCAGAGUCAAACACAAAAUGCAGAUGAUGAAGAACAAAAACCUUCGGAAGAUGAUAAUGAAGCUGGUGAAGUAUUUGGUAAAGAGAACUUAUCCGAUUGUGGUCUACAGGCGUGUGUUGUGGAGAAUAUGUGCCGUACGGGCCAUUUUGCCGUUACACUUUUGGAGCGUGUUUGUUAUGAUAAAGAAUAUGGUUAUGCUUGGAGCUAGUCAUAAUCUUUUAUACGUAUACGAUCCUUUUUUAGUGUUUUUUGUAUUUAUUUUCUGCAAUAAAGAUUGUCUAUAUGUA